UCAGGUGUGUGCCUGGAGGGGUGCUGAAAGUCAUCGAGUAUGCCUAUCACCUACGUGCCAGUAGAGUCACCCGAAUAUCUCAGCCGCACUUAGAGGCUCUUCUAUUCGAGCGCAACUCACUGGAACGAAAGAUAGAGUGCUCUGAGGUACCACAGAAGAAAGCUCUACUAGAGUCCAUGCUGCUACUUACCAAUACCCGCAUUGAAUAUCUCGAACGUGAACUGGGCCGCAAGCAUGCGUGGCUGUCCAAUCUCGUGUUCCUGCUGUGCUUGACUGUUGUCAUGGUUUUGUCCGUUGCCUUGGUAACGCGCAUGGUGCUUUACUGCCUGGCCCUGAUCACUGGAUGGGGUGACAUCGACCGCAGGUUGCCGAAUCAACUCAGAGAAGACACCUCUCGG